CGUGAGGUGAGGUAUGGCGCAAGGCAUCUUCGUGCACGCAUGCUUGAUCAUGCAUGGUCACUCAGGCCUACUAGUACUACUCCACUCUCACUCUGAGUAGCAGCCCGUCAGCUCCGAAGAAAGAAAAGGAAGAAACCAUACCAAAAGCCAAGACCAUUGCCAAACCCAGACAACGACGCCUCCUUGCAGGCUCGCCCUCCUUCACUCAUUCACUGUCGACUCCCGCUCCAAGCCGUCGACAGCACUCUCCAGAGAUCGAGGCCAUGGCCAUGGCACGCCGAACCAACCACACCGCCUCGCCCCCCAUGAACGCCACGGCGGCGACCAUGGUCAUCUCAUCUCCGCCUCCGCCGAGGCCGCUGUCCCACGCCACCGGCGACGUCUGGGGCCCCUACUCCAGCUCCCGGGCAUUCUUCUCCAACGUGGCCACCAUACUCAUCAUCCUCGCCUGCGUCUCCCUCCUCGCCUUCUCCCUCCACGCCGCCGCCCGUUUCCUCCUCCGCCGCCUCGCCCGCCGCCGCGCCGCGCGUGCGCGGGCGCAGGCGCAGGCGCAGGGGCAGCCGCAGCCGCCGAAGCCUCCAUCCGACGCCGCGGCCACCGAAUUCUCUGUGGAGGCCGGGGCAGGGGCGGGCGUUCAGUUGGCCGGCGGGUGGGGCGACGCGGAGUGCGCCAUCUGCCUGUCGGAGCUGGCGGACGGCGAGCGCGUCCGCGUGCUCCCGGCGUGCGGCCACGGCUUCCACGGGGCCUGCGUGGACGGGUGGCUCGCGGCGCGCGCGUCCUGCCCCACCUGCCGCGCGCCGUCCCGGCUGUCGCGGGCCGGAGAGCCCUAGCCAAACCAGGCCGCUGUCACCUCCGGCGCUGGGUCGGUCAUGGAUCCAUCGUCACUCUGUCUGUACCGCUGACAAGAAGCGACAUCAAGUGCGUCGCGGUGGGGGAGCUUGCCGGAGCUCAGCUCUGUCGUCGCGUGAUUUGUAAUCGAGUGCUGCUUGUACUACUCUUUGAGGGCGUCUGACAAUGCAAAUCGAUUGCAGCCAUCAGCUCGGAUCGUAAUUCGCGAUCAUCCCUCUUGCAUUCUCAUCUCAUGUAAAACUUGCAUUGCAUCGUUCGACUCA